UGGCUAGCAGCUAAAGCUAAAAUGGUUAUCAUCACAUUCAAACGCUUAUUUAACUUAACACAUCAGUAAGCAGGCAUCAAGUUAUAGUUAGCGAGCGGUUGUGAUAUUUGUAGAAGAUGUAACGUGUUAUUUUCACGUUGGUCUCAAUGGUGGAUCUGUUGGGACUGUUUGUUAUUGUUGACUAGCGUCUGUAGCUUAAGGGGGUUGUUAGCCGUUAGCUAAAUCCUAGUGUCGGCAAUUCUAGUGAACGUCAGUGGCUAGCUGGCUAAUAACAGUUUCCUCAAAGGCUGAGGUGGUCGUUGACUGAGACAUCACACUCAGAGGUGCAACUUUGGUUAACAAAACAAUUAAACCAUAUCGCUAGGCACUUGAUAAUAAUCUGAAACCUCUCGUGAUCACAGAAAAGGCUUCAGGGACUUCCUCUGGAUCUCCACCCCUCUGCACCGCUUCUUCCACACGUCACUACAUCUGAGAAGAUGCACCUGAGCGACACGAGUCCAGAGGUGAACCCCCACGAAGAACACAGACCACCUGGAACACAGGACCAGGAUCACAGAGCAGCAUCUACAGAAGAAACUUUAAGGCGGCCAGAACCUAAACACAGCAGCUCCCAUGAACAGCCUCAGAAGAAGCCGUCGAAACAAUGCCAGGGGCCUCGCAGACUCAAGAAGAAAUACGACUGUCCGGCCUGCGGGAGAGUUUUCUCUAACAACACCGCUCUGCAGCGACACCUUGUGAUUCACUCGGGGAAAAGGCCGUUUAAGUGCUUCAUAUGUGGGAGAGGAUUCACGCAGCGUGGAAACCUCAAAACGCACAUGAAAGUUCACAAAGGAGAGUUACCAAAUUGGACAUUAGUUCAAGAGAAGAGCCCGCCUAAAGAGUCUCCUGCAACGGUUCAUGUGUGUGGAGAGUGUGGCAUGGACUUCCCUCAGAAACACCAGCUGGAGAAACACCACCAGAGUCACAAAAAGCCUUACGCGUGUCCCGACUGUGGCAAGACAUUCAAAAACGAAUAUUAUUUUAAAAUACAUAAGCGCAUUCACUCUGGAGAGACGCCUUUCCUCUGUUCGGAGUGCGGGAAGAGUUGUGUCACAGCAGACUCGCUUAAAAAACACGAGUUGACGCACACUGGAGAAAAGAACUUCCGCUGCGAUCAGUGCGGGAGGGCGUUUUCACAAUCCUCCCACCUCAACGUGCACCUCAAGACUCACACCGGAGAGCGGCCUCACCUCUGCUCAAUCUGCGGUAAAAGCUACUCCAAAGCAUCCGUUCUGAAAGUUCACCUGCGAGUUCACACCGGAGAGAAACCGUAUACUUGUGAGAAGUGUGGCAAGUGCUUCUAUUACUCUCAAGGUUAUCGAAAGCAUCUGAAGAUUCACGACAAGAAGCCAAAACCUCGAACAAAACCGCUGGGGAGACCAAAACAAAAUAGUCAGAUGGGCUCUGAAAACCCAGAGGUCUUCGGACCAGCUGUGAUCCUCGCAGAGGAGGAACCGCAAGAAAUUGGAGGCCUGAUCAACUCUGACGGAGAAGAAGUGGAUUUCUCAGAUCUCAGAGAGAGCGCCAUCCCUGGAACCGUGCCUGCAGAUGCUCCCUCCAAGACUUUCGAUCAGAGCGAGAAUGAAAAACCGCCGUGUCUUCACAGCUGCUCAGUGUGCGGGAAAGACUUCCCUUACGCCUCCAAACUUCAGCGCCACUUACGCACUCACUCGGGAGAGCGGCCUUUCCCCUGCUCCAUGUGCGAGAAGAGAUUUCCAGAGAAGGGGCUGCUCAUGAUCCACGAGAGGACCCACACCGGGGAAAAGCCCUUCCCGUGCACUUUCUGCGAGAAAAGAUUCGCCAGCCAGGGCGAGCUCCGGCUGCACCGGCGGACACACACCGGGGAGAGGCCGUAUCACUGCUCCAUCUGUCUGAAGAGCUUCUCCCGACACUGGCAUUUGAAGACGCACUUAGAGGCGAUGCACUCUGAGGUCGUCGCGGGCUUUACAAGGAAGAAGUUCCCGUGUUCGGACUGUGAGAAGAGCUGCAACUCAGCUGCUGAGCUGAGAGAUCAUCAGAGGACUCACACCGGAGAGAGGCCCUACCAGUGCUCCUUCUGCGACAAAAGGUUUGCCUUGUCGGGUACACUUGUGAGACACGAGCGCCUCCACACUGGCAUUACGCCCUACCACUGCUCCGACUGCGGGAAGACAUUUGCCCAGCAGUGGACGCUGACGACACACAUGCGGACUCACACGGGAGAAAAACCCUACAGCUGCACGCAGUGCGAUAAGUCCUUCGUAGCUCCAGGAGAGCUCCGGAGGCACACCAGGAUCCACACGGGGGAGAAGCCGUACACGUGCAAGGACUGCGGGAGGCACUUCUCACUGGCAGGAACUCUGAGAAACCACAAAAGGUCGUGUACGCAGAACAAGAAUGGAGCAGUUACAGAUGUCGUCUUGGACACAGUUCCAGCUGCAGCUGGUGAAUCAUCGCAGCCGGACCUGGCCAACAACGUCAGCUCCGAGGUGUCGGUCAGUGAGAGUUUGACCAGUGCAGUUGAGCCCCCUCCCGCAGAGGGUCCUAACUGUGACAAAGCAGCUGAGUGUGAAAAUAACCCGCAAGAACCAGAAGACCGAGCGGAGGACGUGGUUUCCAGUCCACUUAUGAAUGUAAUAGUGAAAGAGGAGGAAGAAGAGGAGCCGUUGUGCGAAGAAGCUCCUGGCCAGCUGUCCGGUAGUGAGGAUUGCAGCGUGCGGGAGGAAACUGAAGAGCAGCAUCAGGACAGCAACACAGAAAUUCGGAUUACAGUGAAGGAGGAAGAAGAUGAACUUAUUAACAUGUCUGAAGGGGAUCCCGAUCACGUCUCUGACAGCGAUAAAGACAGUCCUCCAGCCUCACCAGGGCAGGAACAGUGUAACGACAGUCUGACGAAGAGCUCCUACUGCUGCGGGCUCUGUGGAAGAGACUGUCACAAGAUGUCUGCCCUCCAGAUCCACAUGCGGAUUCACUCGGGAGAGAAACCCUACCAGUGCUCUCUGUGUGGCAAGCAGUUCACCCAGAAAGGUCAACUCAAGGGUCACCAGAAGGUCCACACGGGAGAGAAACCGUUCUGCUGCCCGGACUGCGGGAAGAGCUUCGCCCACUCGGGGGCCAUGAACAGACACCGGCUCACACACACGGGGGAGAGGCCCUAUCACUGCUCCGUGUGCGAAAGGAGCUUCAACCAGUCCGGCCGCUUGAGGGAGCACGAGAAGAUCCACUUCGGGGAGAAGUUUGACUGUCCCGAGUGUGAAAAGAGUUUCACGCGAGCGUCGAGCCUCAAGAACCAUUUCCGGCUCCACACGGGAGAGAGGCCGUACGCCUGCGACGUCUGCGGGAGAGGCUUCAGCCGCUCGCAGAGCCUCAGGCUCCACAAACGGAAACACGAGCAGACUCACCCCGAGGAGGAGUCGGCAUUCGGCGCGAGGAGCGACGAUUUAUCACAAAGCGACGAUAACUCUCCGAUUAAUAUGUGUAUAGCAGACAAAAAUGAGUGAUAAGGUAUUCAUAUGAACCAUAGAGAACAGUAGUCGUGUAUAUAUAUCUAUACAAGAUUUUAGGCAGUUAAACAUGAACUGAAAGAGGGAGGGGGGGGGGAGUAAGGGACUACCUCAGUGGACAGACCGCCGUUAGAACUUUGCGUGGUCGCUCGCUAAAGAAGUAUUGAAGCUAAAAUAUUGAACUCCCUGAAAUGAAUAAACAAAUGUGUCAAAUGAUGUUCAGCAACUAAGAGUUUAACACAAAAUGACCAAACAAAUAUAACACAACUUAGGUAAAAUCUUGGAAACUGUUAAACGAUAAAUUUUAGAAGUCAUAUUUACUGUCUUUUAUAUAUUAGUUGAAUCAAGAUAUCACAUUUAUAGUAUUUAUUGUAGUACAAAUGGGUCAUUUAAGGUCUGUGAUUUCACAUUUGUCCAGGCAGUAUUUGUCCUUUAAACUACUUAUGUAUGUGGAAAUUGGAUACGAUGGCCAAUGAGCAGUGAAAGAAUCAGGUGAAACUGGAAUUCAUUCUGUGUGUAUGAUCUACUGAAAUGUCUGACAUAUUUUAGCCAGUAAUGAAGCAAGAGGAUUGUGAUAUUCAUCAGGGUUUUUUUUUUGUUUUUUUUGGCCAAGACCAUUUUGCCUUAGUGGUGAUGCAUCUUUAUCUCCAUUAUGAAUGAGGUUCACCUGGUUUGGACAACUCUUAAAGGCCAACAACUGUUGUGAAUAAAAGAAUCAUCCUAAAAGGCUGUGAUGGAAAAGUGAUGCCUCUGUCUAAUGGUAUGGGACAUGUUGUACUGUACAAUAAAAGUAAAUAAUACUUA